UUUUGUGGCUCACCCUGCCAAUUGUCAGGCACACGUGACAAGGCGGAGCUACCUACCUUUCUACCCUCGUCAGUCCAUUUUGAUGCUCAUUUAAAUAAUCUCAACGCUCGUCCGGUAUAAACAUAACCCCAUGUUGGAAGGGCAGCUAAAUGUGGGCGUUACUUAUCGGCAGUAUUUUUCCAUAAGCCCCUAUUUUGCAUAACGCUAGGCACGUGAUCGUGGGUCUAGAAGUGGGCGGAGCAUUCGGCGUUCGCGUUUGAAUGCCGGAGCUGGAGAAGCCGAGGGAAGAAGAAGGCUUGCAGAAAGGUGGUUCUGUGACGGCGGCGAAAAAAACGCUUCGUUUUCGGUUCCGGUGGAUCUCCUGUUCGGUGGAACUGGCAAAAUCGUCAAAGGUAAGUUCUCCCUCGUAUCAGCGUUUUAGUUGCGCUAUAUCGUGAUAUAAGCGCGCUGUUAUCGGUUUCCUCGCUGUACUCAAGAUGGCGCCUGCUCUGGGAAGGAAAGAAAAUGGUGCGCAGCGCCCUCUCCCUUUCACAAGCGGUAGGUUUAAGAUGGAUACAGCAGAAGAACCUCAAAAAAAGAUCUUUAAAGCUCGUAAAACUAUGAAAACAAGUGACCGCCAACAGUUAGAAGCUAUUCAUAAAGCUAAAGAAGACCUACUGAAGCCUACAGAGCAAAAGCUUGUUAACGGAAACCAUGAAAAUGGUGACUCGGACAUGAAUUCUAUUCAUAAUGAAACAGACUCUUUGGAAGAUAAAAGUGACUUAAAUGGUAUUGUAGAUAUCAAAUGUGACAGCAGGCAUGUUGUGAAAGUCAACCUGUCUGACCUCAAGGAAGGCUUAAGAAAUGUUGACCAGGAUAGUGACCUUAAGCUCCCAGCUGAACUUAAUCUUCCUAAAAGUAUAGCUUGUGAAGAUACAAGCAGAAAUGUUACUGGUGGAGAAGAUAUUCAGACCUCUGUGGAUAUAAGUGAUCCAAAGCUUGAUGAAAAUAUUUCUGCCCUUGAAGCUAAUGACCAAAUGGUUUCAGAAGGGUUGUCAAUGCUUGAGAGCUUAUCUGGUGAUAUUGAGCUUUCAGAAGCACAAUCAAAUGUUCCCAUGGAAGAUGGCCUCAUUGUUGCAAAGGACUUAAAUGACUUAAAAGAUGUAAAUCCUGUAGUAAAUUCUGUUGAGAAAGAGUGUGCAGAUGCAGGCACAUUUGAAAACCUACUUAGUGAUAAAGUAGAGACUGCAACAGAAUUGCAUAAUCUGGAGUCUCUUCAUGCAGAUUGUGAUAAUGUAGACAACCAGGAAAACUCAGAUAAGAACUAUCACAAUGAGAAAGAUGAAAAAGAGUUUCAAGGCAAUGAAAUACAAAACGCCGAAGAGAAUAAUGGGAAGGAAGAGAUCGUAGAGGCAAUACAUCUUCAAGAAAACUUGACAGAUAUGGACGUGGCAGAAUCUGAGUGUUCUUCAGAGGCAAAAAAUGAAUGCCAAACAUUGGACAUUCCAUCACCACAACAGGAUGUUGAAGAAGCCAUAUCCAGCAGCAUGGAGGUUGACCAUUCUUUGAAAUCUAUAGAGCAGAGUUCCCCUCUUGCAGAAGAAGCCUCUCUUGAUAAAACCGUUUCUGAAUUGGAGCAAGGUUCUACAUUGGAGUGUCUAGAUACUAUGGAAACUGAUGAAAUUAUACCUAUUCUUGAAAAGCUGGCACCAGUGCAUGAUGAUUUACAGUGCUUUUCUAAGUCCGUAUUGCACUCAGAAAAUUCUGUUGCUAAUCAAGAAAAAGUUGAAGACUCUACAGAUUCUCCUACCAAAAAUGACGUCAGUGAAAGUUUACCAAGUGAGGCAUUUUUAGUUCUUUCUGAUGAGGAAGAACCUUGUGAAAUUACACCAGCCCAAGAAAUCACAAGCAAUGAUGAUCAAGAUUCUAGUAAACAUAUUACAACUGAAGCAGCAGUAGUUGAAGAUCAACAGAAACCGCAGGAAAAUGCAUGUAAUGCAAAAGGCGAGAAGGGUAAGUUUGCAUUACUGAACUUG